AUUUCACCAUAAAAAAAAAGUAAAGAAAGUAACUUAUGUCUUCUUUCCCCUUUGAGCAGUCUCCAUUGAUAUCUCAUGAACAACAAAAGACAACUUUAUGGAUGGGAGAAUUAGAACCAUGGAUGGACGAGCAGUACAUUCAACAAUUAUGGUUUAACCUGAACGAGAAGGUUAUGGUGAAAGUCAUCAGAGACAAAGUGACUGGUAUCAGUGCAGGUUAUGCUUUUGUGGAUUUUGGUACUGCGGCAGGUGCCAGAUUAGUCAUGAAUAAACUUAAUGGUGUCAUGAUGCCUAAUUCGCUCAAACAAUUCAAACUUAACUGGGCCUCAGGUGGUGGUCUUAUUGACAGAAGAGAGGAUAGACAGCCAGAGUAUUCUAUAUUUGUGGGUGAUUUAAGCCCUGAAAUCACAGAGAUGGAUCUUUUGUCUAUAUUUCAGUCUCGUUACGUUUCUUAUAAAUCAGCGAAGAUUAUGACCGAUCCACGAACGGGUAUUACUCGUGGAUAUGGAUUUGUACGAUUUGCAGAACAAAUGGAUCAACAAAGGGCUUUAAUUGAAAUGCAAGGCUAUUUCAUUGGUUCGCGUGCUAUUCGUGUAUCAGUGGCGACCCCCAAGAACCGAACAUCGCAAAUGGCAUUCUCUGCAGCUUCUACAGCACCUUCUUCACUCAUGACAUCGCCUAAUAAAUCACCUAUUCAAUCACCCUCUCUCCAUCAUCAUUUGGAUUCGAGCAACACGACAGUAUUUGUAGGUGGGUUAUCUGCUCCUAUUCGUGAAGAUGAAUUAAGACAAUACUUUCAACAUUUUGGCGACAUUGUUUACGUGAAGAUUCCUCCAGGAAAAGGAUGUGGCUUUGUUCAAUAUGUUUCACGUACUAGUGCCGAAUUGGCCAUUCAACAAAUGAACGGAUAUCAAAUUGGCAAUUCACGUAUUCGUUUAUCGUGGGGACGAUCUCAAAAUGAAAAGAUUGCAAGUCCAGUGAGUCCAGUGAGUCCAAUGAAUAUGAUGAACGUCUUACCUUCUUCAUUGUAUAACAAUACAAUGUAUCCCACCUUUUCAUCUGUAACACCACCUGUAUCAACAUCAUCAUCAGCAGCGCAGAUGCUUAACAUGCCACAACAGCAAAAACUUCUUAACAAUCGAACGCAACAGGACAUGUUAUUACAGCACCAUCUUGAUCUUUUGCGACAACAAGAAUACCAGCAACAACAGCAACAAUUACAGCAACAACAUCAACAACAACAACAACAACAGCAGCAGCAUCAGCAGCAGCAACAACAACAACAACAACAACAACAGCAGCAGCAGCAUCAGCAAAAUAUACUCUCUUUGAAACAAGAACAGUUUUCGAUUCAUCAUAAACAAACGUUUAUGCCAACUUAUGAUUCGGAUUUAAACUUCUUACCUCCUGACGAUUCAACCACCGAUGAUAUGUUUGCUUCGUUGCUAGGCAACCCAAGAAGUAAUGAUCGCAAGGUUAACUGGAGACUAAACCAAAUCUAUGCUCAAUAAGUCCCACACACACACACACACACACACUCACCAUUCUUACUUAAUUUUUUCUAUUAUUAUAUACUAUAUUAUUAUUAUUUCAUUUGUUUUCUCUACCUACCUACCCCCACCCCACCCCCUUUUUUUAUUCAUGUAUUUUCCCCUCUUCCCUCAGUACCUUAUUUUCGCAUACUUUUUUUUUUCUUUUUUUUUUCUUCAUUUAAUACAAUUUAUAUAAAAUAUAUUUCUAUUCUUUUUAACCCUCCCAUUAA